CACACACCCACCCACACACAGCGACCGACCGGCGCGGCGAAAGGCAGACCUCGGAGGUUCGGGUGGGUAUCACACACAAUGUCAGCAUAUGAACAGUUGGAUUCAACGGAAAUUCCUAUUUCACCGAGUGAGAUGUCAAAGCUAUUGUUCUGAACUUUACUCUGAAGGAUUCUCUCUUACUAGUGAUCUUUCGGACUAUUGUUAUUCAUUAUGAUGAAUGCUCUGAAGGUUCGAUUGCUGAUCCACUCUGCAGCAAGGCAGCAUCAUCUUCUUGGCAACCAUGGCACUCACCUUGCAAGUCCCUUUGGAGCCACCGUAGUACUUCGGAGACACAAACAAAGCCAGAGUGCGAGUUCGGAUGAAACAAAAGAGCCCUACUCAAAAUUUCUGUCUCGGAAUUUCAAGCUGUUUGGACAGGAGGUGUACGACAAACUCACUUGCUCCACGGUGGACACAAUGUUUGACACGUCUCGUUCUCUAUGGGAUUUCUCAGGCCCGGAGAGCCUGAAGGACUUUAAGGUCCAGACGGACCAGACUAUAGGGGGAAACAGUUGGGCUAGGAUUGAUACAAGCCGCAAUAAUAAACUCUUAUUUCAUGGAGAUUUGUGUACAACUGUACCUCGUGAUGGAGAAACAGCCAGGAGUGGUUAUUGUGCAAUGCAGGCCAGACAACAGUUUGGUUCAUUUAAUCGAAAGAAGCACAUUGACUUGACAGCCUUUAACUCCCUCAACCUGAGGUUGCGAGGAGACGGCCGGGCAUACAUGGUCAACAUUCUGACCGAGGGCUACUUCACUGACCACCAUGAUGACAUCUGGAGUUAUUUCUUGUUCACAAGAGGUGGACCCUAUUGGCAGGAUGUCAACAUUCCUUUUUCGAAGUUCUUCCUGUCCAGCCGAGGGCGUAUUCAGGAUAAGCAGGCAGCUGUGGACCUAGAGUUGGUUAACUCCGUUGGACUUACUAUGGCCGAUGCCGUUGAUGGGGAGUUUGCGUUAGAGAUAGACUCCAUAUCAGCAUCUUAUGAUGCCACACACUCGGAGGAAUUCGCCUAUGAGCUAUACAGAUAGAGACA